CUUAAUCCGACACGAUAACCGGGGACUCACAAGAUAGAUACUACAUACCCGAUCAACCGACUGGAUUGCAUUGAUUGACGAAGCGCCAGGCCUUUUCUCUCCUCCCAUUCUGUUCUCCUUCUUUCUUCUUUCUCUCUUGCAUUAAUUUCUUUCAUUUUCGUCGCUUGGGGUUGGACGCAGGAAGGAGCCGAGGAUUGGCUUGUCGGUGUCAAGUCGCAAUUGCAGGAGGUGCCAACGUCGUCACGCAUCGAGCACAACCGACCUCGACACCGGCUUUCAGACGAGACGAGACAAGACAAGACGAAACGAAACGAGGCAACUCGGACCUGAGCUGGUGCUUGACCUUUUAGCUGUUCGCGUGGCGUGUCGCUUUCUUUGUCUAGACUGAGCAAUAGAAGAGCAUAACCCCGCAACAACAACAUUAUUGUCGGCACUUGACUAUCAUCAUACCAUGAAUACUCGAAAUGCGCCGCUGUCACCAGUCUCAGUAGGCGGCAGCGAGUAUUCCGUCGGCAAAUACCAAAAUAUCGACAACAGCGACCCCUACAACCCUAAUAAUCGCGGCUUGAUCUCACCACCCGACUCUGGCGGCCCCAACGGAAAUAUGAACGGCUUCCCGGGCCCUGGCCCUCGGAGCGCUGGAGGUCCUUCUCCCCCGGCCUCCGUCGCACGCUCCAGCACGGCAUCGGGCUUGUACGCCAGGAGUGAGAGCGGCAGGAGCAUGAAAGACGAGAACAACGAGGUCAUCCUUGGAGUACACUACAUCGCACUGAAAAAGUUCCUGCAAUCCACUUCCAAGGAUGGAAGAGCCAACCCCCCACCAAACCGAGCACGCGACAAGCUCCUGCGUCUGUCGGCUGUGCAAUUUCUCGAGCUGUCCACCGAUGUGUAUGAUGAACUUCUGAGAAGAGAGAGGCUGAGCCGCCUUGGUCCCGCCAAGGUCCCGCCCAAUCUGCAGCCUGAGAACAACUUCCACCCCAAGCGCAACCAAGCAAGGCAGAAGCUCUCGACUCUGGGCCCGCCGAGGUUUAGGGAUCUGGCGACAGACGUGUUUUGCGAGCUGGAAAGGCGAUUCGAGGGCUUUGCCAGAGGCGACAUCCCGCGCAUGGACAGUCCCGUUUCCGGAAGAGGACCGCCUAGCAGGUCGGGCACUCCUGUCAACGGCAUGAACGGUCUUCCCCCAAGAAGUAUGAGGAGACCUUCGAAUGCCAGCUCUAUUCGCUCCGAUGCACCUCGAUUCGGCGAAUACCCGCCACCGCCUUCUCCUGGCAUGCCCCCGAAUGGCUUCGACCGUCCACAACCUAAGCAAUCUCAGAGCAAUACUAUCAUCCCCAACAAGAGCACAAUGGUGGAAGAAGAUGACGGAAAUGACGAUGACAUGAUGCUAAACAAUGCUCGCGAUCAGCAGAGCAGGAGAAGCGCAAAUACUGGUCUUUCAGAGACCGACAAGAGGCUUCUCGAAGAGUCCCAAGCACAAGUGCGAGAUCUCCAAUCGAAGCUGGAUAAUAUGGAAGACCAGGUCAAGAAGAAGGACGACGAGCUGAACAAAGUCCUGGACGAAGCACGGGGUCGUUCUUCAGCUGAAGAUACACGGAACGCAGAACGGUUGCAGUGGGACGAACAGAGGGCCAACCUGGAAGGCCAAUUGUCGCAAGCCAAGAACCUCGGCGAUACGCUACGUGAGGAGCUCGACCGUAUGCGAGCUGGUCAUGAUGCCGAGCAACGCCAACUCCGCCAACAACUCGACGAUGCGGAAGACGCUAUCAGAAAUAUGAGCAUCGACAUGAACAACAUGAGCAAGAGCGGCCCUGCCGACCCGGAACUGCAACGAGAGAACCAAGAGCUUCGAGUUGCUUUAGAGGAGCAGGAACAAAUAACGGAAGACGUUCGUCGUGAAGCUCAACAGUUCCUGCAGGAGAUGAAGGUUCUGUCAGAACAGCACACUCCUGCGUGGGAGAAACAAGCGGAAUUACAGAAAACGGCGGAGCAGUUGGAACAGGAAGUCAAGGAUUGGCGUAACCGCUAUGCUCGUACCAAGACUCAACUGCGAAAUCUGAGGGCCGCAUCACUCGGCCUGAAUAUUGAGCAGGACGCUGCAAAAUACGUACGAGAAAAGGGAUUCACCGAGGAGAAUGGUCUGGUCAAAGACGUCCAUGUCACCAAAUUCCAGAUAGCUAUUGAUGAGCUGCUGAAACGCGCACGAACAGACGACCCGGAAAAGUCGAUUGACUCUAUGAAAGCCGUCGUCGUAGCGGUCCGUCGCAUUACUAAGGAUAUCGAUGAAUCAGCGCCUCGAGACGAGGAGAUCAUGACACAACAACAGAAAAUGAAGAGCCGAGUUUCGGCUACCGCCAAUAACCUCAUCACAGCCUCGAAGAACUUUGCGGCUUCUGCAGGCAUCUCACCUGUUUCGCUUUUGGAUGCGGCCGCUUCACACCUUGUGGCCGCACUUGUUGAGCUUCUGAGGACUGUUAAGAUUCGAGCUACGCCCGCCGGUGAGUUAGAGGAUGACGACGAAGGCACCAUAACGCCUGUCGAAUCAACUGGUUUCUUCUCAAACCGGACGACACAAGACAACGCCUACCCCAAGCCUCUCGGGCAAAUUAACCCCUACCCCCAACCUCUCUCACAAGAUAGCGCGUAUCCUAAGCCUCUCUCGCGGGAUGUUCAGGACAACCAGUCGCCCCUUGAGCCUCCGCCGCGAUUCAACGGGCUUGGGCCUCGCGAUAGUGCACAAUCAUCAGCUUACAGUCCCGUCCAGUCUCCUCGUGAGUCUGUAGACCAACAAUUCGACAGCAGAAGAUCCAUGCCGCGAAACCUACCACCCAACGGGAUUUAUACUGAUAAGAGCAUGCCUCUCGCCCCUAACGGCUAUGGACAGCGACCAGACAUCACCAUGGAAGACUUGAAGAUCUACAUGGACAACCAAUCAGAUCAGCUUGUUGAAACGAUUCAAGGUCUGGUGGGGUCUAUUCGUGGUGACGCACCUAUUUCGCAAAUCAACGAGGAGAUUGAGCAGAUUGCCGACAUUGUGGGCAAGAUCGUUUCCGAGACCGAAGGAACAGCAAGUGGGCUUACAGAUCGUCUGACUUCCUGCCGACAACGCCUGCUUGAAGCUAGUGACCACGGCCAGGAACUUGCCUCGAGAGGGCUCGGGUCCAACGACAGGGAAUGGCGCAUGUGGACACAGACACUUCCGCCCAUUGCUUUCGAAAUUGCUCGCGAGACCAAGGAGCUAGUCGAACGAAUCGGCCGCAUGGUAAUGAACGAUGGCGAGGACUUCUCGUAAUGCAAUAGGGUUAAGGCCAAUUUCUCUUUUUCGCCCACAAUUGACGACGCUCACGCUUUUCGAAAUCUAAUUCGCGGUACUCGCUUGCGACGCGCUUUGAUACCCCUUAUAGUACGGAGUGUUUUCUACUUGUGCUCUGUAGAGUCAGAGACAUCAGCAAUUAUAUUGUUUAUUCUUUCAGCCUUGAGCAUUGCCACAUAAACAAGCUUGCUCGUUUCAGGCGAUGGCCAGGAGAGGCUGCCCAAGGCCCGCUUUAUGUGGCUUUCAUUGUCU